GACGUAGGAUUGGGAGUGUCUGAGCGGCUCGUAGACGUGAAUCCAACCCGCAGUCACUGAACCCAGGAGCAUCUGUAUGAACAAUGAACCGGCUGACUUGGAACGAAAUGAUUUGGUGAACACGGAGAUGAAGAGGACGUUUGAAGAGUGUCGAGAUGAUGGGAUUGUACAACGGCACUGAUUUAGCUGGAUAGCUGUGGUGUAAAUGACCUCUAACGGUACAGGGAAUUAGUCAUUUCUAAUACUUUGUUGUCUGCAGAGCCAAUCCUCUUACAGACUGUGAUAUAGCGUUACAUUGGCGGACUUGCGUUUGCUUGUUGAUGAACUUUCACAGUAUUGUCAUUAAAAUAGGCUACACGUCUUACCUUAUAGUGUCUUCAUUUAUUUAUUUACAUGAAUAUGUGAUUAUUGAAUGGCCUACAGUAUACUAGAUUUGACCAAACAGCUGAAUAGUUACAGCAAAGUCAUUCUUUAUUCCAUCAAGAUUUUUUUUGGGCAAAUUGGUGCUCCAAGGAGUUAGCUGAUCACCUUUAGAUUUAACCCCAUUAAAUCCUGCAUUGACAUUUUGAGAUAUUUGUGGCACAAGUUGCUUUGUGUCAUGAGUUGGCCAUCUGUUGUGGAAACCUACUGCAAGCAGAUUAACCAGUGAGAGGUCCAAGGCAUCAGUCUGGACAUUUCUGUGCCUGGACUCGGUUGGCUUCCUGGUUGAGGUGGGAUGCUGAGAGUCACCAUGGGCUCAGUGGAGCAGAGAGAUGAGGAGCAGGAGGAUGAAGGUGAAGAAGAGUUAAGGGAUGGAGGGGUGCCUUUCUAUGUGAACAGAGGAGGCCUCCCGGUGGAUGAGGAGACUUGGGAGAGGAUGUGGCGCCAUGUGGCUCGAAUACACCCCGACGGUGAAGCGUUGGGGAAGGAGAUCCGGAUUGCCUCUGACCUGCCCAAGAUUCCAAUACCGAGUGUGCCUACAUACCAACCUACCAACACUAUCCCACAGCGCCUGGAAGCCAUACAGAAAUACAUCAGGGAAUUGCAGUACAAUCACACGGGAACACAGUUUUUUGAAAUUAAGAAGAGCCGGCCUCUUACUGCGUUGAUGGACAUUGCUAAAGAGAUGACGCGGGAGGCUCUGCCAAUCAAAUGCCUGGAGGCGGUGAUCCUGGGGAUUUACCUCACCAACAACAUGCCCGGUGUGGAGCGCUUCCCCCUCAGCUUUCAGUCUCAGUUCUCAGGGAACAACUUCCACCACAUCGUGCUGGGAGUUCACAUCGGGGGCCGCUUUGGCGCGCUGGGCAUCAGCCGUAGGGAGGACCUCAUGUUCAAGCCAUUGGAGUUCCGGACACUGAUGGACUUGGUGCAAGAAUUCGAAGGAGCCUACAGGGGCUACUGGCACACCCUGCGCAAGGUCAGGAUUGGCCAGUAUGUGUCCCACGACCCUCACAGCGUGGAGCAGAUAGAAUGGAAACAUUCGAUACUGGACGUAGACAAGCUGACCAAGGAGGAGCUACGGAAGGAGCUGGAGAGACACACUCGAGACAUGAGGCUGAAGAUAGGAAAGCCCGCACCACCCUCUCCCACCAAAGACAGGAGAAACAGCAUGGGUUCACCCCUCAGAGGACCAAGCAGCCCCAUACGUAGGAUCAGCCGCGUUGAGAGACGUCCCUCCGGAGAGAAGAAGGUUUUGGAGCAAAAAUCAGCUGCAGACAUGAAUGGAUACCAGAUUCGAGUCUGAGGAAUUUUAGCUUGCUUGUGGCGUUACAAGGUACCAAACACUUGUUUCACAGGGCCACUGAUUUACUCUGAGGCUUAAUUCUUUGUACACAUUGGCCUAUUCACGGGAUGCAAUGUCGAAUAGGUCACCAGCAACUUUUCCUUUUCAAAACAAAUGCCUCAUUCAGCUUCCCUACGUCUGUGUUGUUCGAGGCUAUUUCUGGAGCAGUUACUGUGCAUAGUAAUCGGUGCUGGCAACGUUCUCAAAUUAUAAAAAUGGGGAAAAAGUGCAGUACUUUGUUAACAUUUUUAUAUAACUGUGGAGUUUUGCGAACUCAACACAACGAGAAAUAUGACUCCUCGCCGAUGCUGGGCGAGACUACCACUCAGUGUAAAUGUGCUACUGGACAUAUCAUAGGUUUCUGUGGUGUUAUUAUUAUGAUCAACAAAAGCUCUUAAGACUCAUCUGCAAGCUGUAUUGUCGUACUGUAAGUGUGCACAUGUAAUGUAAUUUUAAAUUCACUUAGGCUCUGCUGGGCAGUAAUCGCUUGCGUAGUGACUAGUUUGCAAAC